AUGGCUUUAUGGAUCUGGACACUGACCAUUUUGAGCUGUUUUUGCGUCACCUUAUCCAGAACUGAGGAACUGAAAUUUUUUCAGAGUGCCACAGAGCUAAAUCAUCUAACAGUGGAUAAUGACACUGGGAUAAUCUAUUUGGGAGUGGUAAAUGCUCUGUAUCAGCUUACAGAAAACCUGGAAGUAAUAAGAUCUGUAGAAACAGGUCCAAGAAAGGACAAUAAAAAGUGCACACCUCCCAUUGAUGAAAAUCAGUGUAAAGAGGCUGUACUGACUGACAAUUACAACAAAUUAUUGUUGCUGAACAAGGCGGAUAAUACAACUGUGGUAUGUGGAAGCCUUUUUAAGGGAAUCUGUGCCAUCAGAGAUCUACAAAACAUUAGCAAUGAGAAGUAUUACGUAGACAGUAGUGGAGAAAAGUCCUUUGUAGCAAGCAACGAUGAGAAUGUAUCAACUGUGGGACUGAUCACUUCCCUGAAUAAUGACCGAGUGCUAUUUGUUGGGAAAGGGAAUGGACCAAAUGAUAAUGGGAUCAUAAUCAGCACUCGACAGCUCUACGAAAGGGAUGGUAAAGACAUUUUUGAAAUGUAUACAGACUCAGCAGCUGUUAAGUCAGCUUAUCACUCAUCAAGCACACAACAAUUUGUGACAGUCUUUGAGGACAAAAAUUAUGUUUAUUUUAUUUUCAAUCAGCAAGAGAAACAACCUGUCAAUAACCGCACCCUGAUUGCACGUCUGUGCAAAGAUGAUGCCCAUUAUUAUUCCUACUUUGAAAUGGACUUGGGUUGCAAAGAUGAUGAUGGUGCCUAUGACCACUGUCACUCUGCUUAUGUCACUACACCAGGAGAAGAGCUGGCUGAGAGCAUGGCUCAGCAGAGACAACCUGCAGAUGAUCAACCAGAUGACAAAGUUCUUCUUGCACUCUUCAGCAAAGUAAACAAAGAAAAUGGCUCUCUAAAAUCUGCCAUGUGUGUAUUUUCCUUGCGGCACAUCAAUGAAAAGAUGGAAAAAAACCGAAACGAUUGCUACACUAAAAAGAACACCAGCUCAUUUUACAAACUUUUCUCAGCAGAAAACCCGUGUGCAUUACAUGGACUGAAUGCAAGCAAAAAUUUCCCCUGUGGCUCCGAACACUUGCCAUACCUUUUGGGAAGUAGGAAUGGUGUUACAGAGAAGCCAGUGCUGCAAAAAGAAGGGAUGAAUCUCACGGCUGUCACUGUGGCUGUGGAGAAUGGACAUACUGUGGCCUUUCUGGGAACGUCAGAUGGUAAAAUUCUUAAGGUGUUCCUGUCAUCCACUGCAACUGAGUACAGCUCUCUUACUAUUGAACUAAACAAACCCAUAAAGAAAGACCUGGUCCUUGACCAAACCCAAGAAAAUCUGUAUGUGAUGACCACAGACAAGGUGCACCGGUUACCUGUGCAGGACUGCCACAAAUACUCGGAUUGUGAGAAGUGUGCUCAGGCGAGGGACCCGUACUGCGGCUGGUGUGUGCGAGAGGGCAGGUGCACAAAGAAGGCAGACUGUGGAACAGCUGAUAAGGAGAACCACUGGCUGUGGAGUCCAAAUGGCACAUGUGUGACUAUCAUUAGUGCAGACCCUCUAAACAUGAGUCGCAGAGCCCCUGCUAAGGUGGAACUGACUGUAAGUCCAUUGCCGGCUUUGACUGCGAGUGACAAAGUUUGCUGUACAUUUGGUGAAACAAUGCAUACUGCUGAGUUGAAAGAAGGGGUUAUUAUCUGUGAUCCACCUGAUAUCAUUCCUCCAACACCAAAACAUCAAGAUCAUGUUUCAGUUCCACUUCAGUUAACCUUUGAAAAGAACAAGAUAUUUUUUGCAUCACAUACUUACCCUUUUUAUGACUGUGAAGAAGCAAUGAAUCUUGUUGAAAAUCAACCAUGCUAUUCCUGUGCAAGCAAUAGAUGGAAUUGCCAGUGGGACUGGAAGAGACAUAUCUGUGAAGAGUCCUCUUCAAUACAGGAUGUGAUUAAACAAAAUAUGGAAGACGAAUGCCCACAGUUUCUAAACCCUGACCCUCCAAUAAUACCUAUGGAGUACCGAACAACGGUGCAUUUUGAGGGAAGACAUCUAGCUUACUAUCAGGGUAAAAAAUUUAUGGUUGGAAACAGUCAAUUUGAAUUCGAAGCUCCUGUUGAUGAAUCAGAUGAGGGAAAAUUUUCAUUCACGAGUAAAGAGUUCUCCUAUAGUGCAAAUGAGACAGUACAGCUUAACUUAUCCAUAAGAACAGAUAAGGUCAAGAUUGACAGCAAACUGAUGGUGACUCUGUACAACUGCUCUUAUGGACGAAGUGACUGCAGCUUGUGCCUUGCCGCCCACCCCGACUAUAAGUGUGUCUGGUGUGAAGAAGAUGGCAAGCCCAGCAAGUGCGUUUAUGAAAAACUCUGUCAUGCUCCUCCCACUGACACGUGUCCUCAUCCAAAAAUCACUCACAUUGAGCCAAAAACUGGACCACUAAGUGGUGGAAUUCUUUUGACAAUAAGGGGAUCUAAUUUGGGAAUAAAAGCAGAAGAUGUAAAAAGUAUAAUGGUGGCAGACGAGGAAUGUCUUUUCAAAGAGGAGUUCUACUCUGUUUCCACAAGGAUUGUGUGUCAAGUUGGACCAAUGAAUGAACCAAAACAAGGUCAAAUUGAAGUUGACAUCAAUGGAAAAUUAGGUAAAUCACCCAGUGAAGUGCUGUUUACAUACCAGGAGCCUUAUCCUUCUCGAAUAAGACCUGAAAGUGGUCCACAAGCAGGUGGAACUACACUUACCAUCAGUGGUACAAACCUGGCCACUGGUUCCAAGAAGGAUGUUCAAGUUUCAGUCGGUAGCCAGCCUUGCAAUGUCACUGAAUUUGGAGAUGAGAUUGUUUGCAUUACAGGACCUAAUAACAAGGUUGAAGCUGUUUCAGUCACAAUGAACUAUGGGGGCACGAUGAUUAGUGUACCACAGCUAUUUACAUACAGUGAGAAUCCUACUGUCACCAAAUUUCUGCCAGUAAAUAGCUUCAGCAGUGGAGGGAGAAAUAUUACAGUAACUGGAACCGGUUUUGAACUUAUCCAGAGUUUCUCAUUGGUGGUAUAUGCAGAGCGUCCAGAAGCAGGGAAGAUGAAUCUCAAAAAGUUUUAUGGAAAGGUUGUUGACAGACUCAAUGAAACCACAGUGGUUUUUUCUUCCCCACCAAUACUGGAAGACCCAGAAAACUAUAACAUUACCACUAUUAUUCUAAUGGAUCAUUAUCAUUUAGUUGUAAAGAACGAGAGUCACUCCUUUGCCUAUGUUGCAGACCCAACCUUUGAAAACUUCACAGAUGGCAUCAAAAAACAAGUCAACAAACUUAUUAAUGCAAAGGGCAGUAACCUGAACAAAGCCAUGACAAUUGAUGAGGCCCAGGCUUUUGUUGGUGAUGAGCCUUGCAACAUAAAAACUCUGACUGAAACGGACUUAUAUUGUGAGCCACCAGAAGUACAGCCUCAACCAAAGAAACGGCAGAAGAGAGAUACCAUCAAUAACCUUCCUGAAUUCAUUGUGAAAUUUGGACUCCGGGAAUGGAUCCUCGGAAGGGUGGAAUAUGAUACACGUGUGACUGAUAUCCCACUGAAUCUUAUUUUGCCGCUGGUACUUAUUCCUAUGAUAGCAAUCAUCAUCAUUUCUAUCAUCUGUUACAGACGCAAGAGCCAACAAGCAGAACGAGAGUAUGAAAAAAUUAAAUCACAACUUGAAGGCCUGGAGGAGAGUGUCAGAGACCGGUGCAAGAAGGAAUUCACAGAUCUAAUGAUAGAGAUGGAGGAUCAGACAAAUGAUAUCAAUGAAGCUGGAAUCCCAGUACUGGACUACAAAACCUACACAGACAGAGUCUUCUUCUUGCCCUCCAAAGAUGGAGAGAAAGAUGUGAUGAUUACAGGGAAGCUGGAUAUUCCCGAGGCCAGGCGCCAGACUGUGGAGCAGGCUUUGUACCAGUUCUCCAACCUCCUCAACAGCAAAUCUUUCCUCAUUAAUUUUAUACACACGCUGGAAAACCAAAGGGAGUUCUCUGCUAGAGCUAAAGUGUAUUUUGCAUCUUUACUGACAGUCGCUUUACACGGAAAACUAGAAUACUAUACUGACAUCAUGAGGACGCUGUUCUUAGAACUGAUGGAGCAGUAUGUUGUGGCCAAAAACCCAAAGCUGAUGCUAAGAAGAUCUGAAACAGUUGUUGAGAGAAUGUUGUCAAACUGGAUGUCUAUUUGUUUAUAUCAGUACCUCAAGGAUAAUGCUGGAGAGCCUCUUUAUAAAUUGUUCAAGGCUAUCAAACACCAGGUAGAAAAAGGCCCAGUGGAUGCUGUACUAAAGAAAGCCAAGUAUACAUUGAAUGACACAGGCUUAUUGGGAGAUGAUGUAGAGUAUACACAGUUG